AUGGCAAGAUCACUAUUAUCGCUGCUGGAAGAUGAUGAAUUGAUUGAUGAAAUUGAAGAAAUCGAUUACGAUCUUCUACCGCUUGGGGAUUCUGUACACAAACAACAACAGCAAUUGCUACAACAAUCACUUGACCAUCAAACGUUCAUCCCAACUAGACCUAAGUCAGUACCACCACAUCUAGACAACUUGCGAAUAUGUCUUCCACCAAAUAAAGAUAAUACCAAUCGAUAUACGAAUGAGUUAUUUGACGCCACAAAUAACCUUAUUGUCCAACAAAGGCGAAUCACUUCAACACGAAACCUACAAAAUUUACAUGAUUGUAAAGUGAUGCCACCGGAUCAAAAGUUUCUUGGAUGUGUUGAAUGGAACCAGAUGGAAGAGGUUGAUUUUGAGUUGGAUGAUGUUACAAGGACCAGGGUUUUCAACAAUCGAUUCAAAAGACCUAUUGAUGAAAUCAAUCCUGAACUUAGUGAAUACUUUAGGAUACACCAAAAUGAAAACAAGGAGAAUCUAACUAAGCCAUAUAAAGUUACGAAAAAGGCACCAGCAUUGACUAGGCGUAAAAGCUUGCCAUUAGUUGAAACCAACAACAUUCAGAAAAGAACUUUCCUGCCAUUCAAGAAGCCAUCGACAAAAGUUGCCACUAGAUCCGUUCCCGAAGGCGUAUGUCAACCAAGACACCAGUCCCUUACCCCAUCAAAAUCAUGUCUUAGCAUUGAGGAUGCCAAAGUUUACCUAAUUGAAUCUCUGACUGGAUUAGUUAAUCAAGCAACGGAUUUUGCUACUGAGCUCAAUGGAUGCACUAAUGAAGCACUACCGUUCCCUGAACAUGAAAAUGAAGUGGUGCAGAUCCCAACAAACUCCAAUGACGCUCAACAAAUGGCAAUAAUACGAAUGUUUAAUUUUAAAUUGAAUAAUGCAAGAAAGGGAAUACUGACUGGGUUUUAUUCAGAGAAGGAGUUCAAAGAUUAUCUAGCCAAACUCAAGAAACAGGAAGCUUCAAGUGCUGCACGAGAUAUGGGAGUGGAGAUUGUUUCUCAAAAUACAUCUAGUGGAGGAGAUAAUAAUCCUUCAUUGAAGGAGAAAAAAGUCAAAUGGGCUGAUAAUCUAGAAUGGUGA